AACAAAAGUGAGGUUAAGUGACAUUUGGCGCGAGAAGAGUUUAUUAAGUUUUAAAUUAAAAUUUUGUGAUAUUUUUGCGAAAUGGAUCAGUCUGACGACAACACAUUCAGAAUUUUGCUUGCCACAGACCUUCAUAUAGGAUACGGGUCAUCAAAUCCCAUUCGAGAAAAUGACACUUUUCACACAUUUGAGGAAAUACUACAAAUUGCAAAUAAAGAAAACGUGGAUUUUAUUUUACACGGGGGCGAUUUAUUCCACGAUUCCCGGCCUCCACCUGACACCAUCAGGAAAACCAUUGAUUUGAUUCGAAAGUAUUGUUUCGGGGAUAAACCGGUCGAAAUCGAGUUCUUCUCCGACCCUUCCCUCCACUUCCAAGGCAACAARACCGUSAAUUACGAAGACCCGAACAUAAACGUUUCAGUUCCUAUAUUUUCGAUUCAUGGGAACCACGAUGACCCCUCUGGUAAAAACCAAGUUUCCUCCUUGGACCUGUUCUCGUCGAUGGGUCUCGUGAAUUACUUCGGGCGUUGGGACGACGUCACCAAAGUGGAAAUAAACCCCAUUUUGCUCAAGAAGGGGGCCUCCAAGUUGGCUUUAUACGGCCUGUCGCACAUCCGCGACGAGCGUUUGGCCCGUCUCUUCCUCGAUAAAAAAGUUACGACAAAAACACCGGAAGAUGUCAACGACUGGUUCAAUAUGUUCAUUCUGCACCAAAAUCGYGCCAAUCGGGGGGUUAAAAACUUCAUUGCGGACACGUUCAUCCCGGAGUUCAUCGAUUUGGUCAUGUGGGGCCACGAGCACGAUUGUCGCAUUGAACCAACCUCCUCGAUUGAUGGCAACUGUUAUAUCACCCAGCCGGGGAGCACUGUAGCGACGUCUUUGGCCGAGGGCGAAGCSCUGUGUAAAAAAGUGGGACUUUUGAGGGUUUGCGGGAAGAAUUUUAGCCUCCAUCCCAUUGAAUUGCAAACAGUUCGGCCUUUUAUUUUCAAAUGCAUUUCGAUCGAGCCUCCCGAGACUUACGCAGGGAAAAUACCGCAUUCUGAACGGACUAAAAUCGUAGUCAGGAAGGAAAUUGAAAAUAUGAUCACGGAAGCGGGCAAUUUGAACAGGAGAGAUAUGUUGCCUUUAAUCAGAUUAGUUGUCAAGUAUGAGGACGACAGACAGGUUUUUAAUCCGAUAAGAUUUGGGCAAGAAUUCAUUGAAAGAGUUGCAAAUCCUGAAGAUAUUGUCAAGUUUAGCACCAGUUACAAGAAAGCAAGGCAGUGCAAGAAUGCUGGUGUUAAUGUGAAGCCCAUAGAUUUGGAGGAUGAACACUACGAUAGUGUUAUAGACGUGGUUUCAAAGUAUUUCAAUGAAGAUAACCACUUGUCCGUUUUGUCGGUGACUGGACUCAAUGAAGCUGUUACUAAAGUCAUGGAAUCAAACGAUAUCGAUGCUCCUCUCAUCUUGUUGAUGGAACAAGAAGAAUUUAUUAUGAAGAGAUUGGCUGAAUUGAAGCCAGAGGAGAAUGAAAUCAGAGACUGUUUUCAACAAAUUCGCGAUUUGCGAACUGCCGAAGAUUUUAAAGUUAUUUUGGGGGAUAAAAAUCGACGAAAGGAUCUAGACAAUGGAAGGGACGAAAUUUCCAUUAUUGAUAGUGAUGAUGAGGCCCCUGACACUAUGAGUGCGUCAAGCAGGCCGGCGAAGGGGCCUGGAUCGAGAGGAGGGCGGGGGUCCAGGGGCGGACGAGGCCGAGGAAGGGUGAAGUAAUUUUUAGGGCAAAAAUUGUUACCACUUUACUUUUGUUAAGACUUAUUUUUAAUAAAAAUCUAAAAAAAAAAUUAAAAAACUAUUUUUGCGUUGCAUAUUUUUGGAAGGAAAACGUAAUACUUACCUUAGAAAGGCAU